AUGAAGGUUGAAGAACAUAUUGGUGGUGUGCCACCAUUGCCUGGGAAGACUGAUGGUGUCAAACAAUACAGUGAUAUGAAAAACAUGGUGAUUGUUGGCCUUGGUAUGACUGGUAUUGCAUUCUUAGAAAAAAUGUUAAACAAUGAUACUGCUCAAGAAUAUUUCUACACAGUUAUUGGUGAGGAACCAUAUUUGGCAUAUAAUAGAGUCGGCUUAACUGAAUAUUUUGAACACAAGAACUUUGACAAGUUACUUUUAUCACCAAAGACUUUUUAUGAGGAAAGAAAUAAAAACAGAUGGAAUUUCAAGGUUGAUGAAGCAGUUGUUGAAGUUGAUAGAGAUCACAAAGUUGCUAAAACUUCAAAGGGAAACUCUUAUGAUUAUGAUACAUUGGUAUUUGCAACUGGUUCUAAUGGUGUUUUACCUCUUCAUUUGUUACCAGAUCCAGUAAAUGGUCAAUCCAAACAAGAUUAUAGAAAUUAUAGAGAAAUGGGAUGUUUUGUCUACCGUACAAUUGAUGAUUUGAAUUCAAUGCUUUCAUUCAGUGAAGAAUUAUCAAUACCAAAAGAUUCAACUAAAAGAGCCAUCGUUGUUGGUGGUGGUCUAUUAGGUUUAGAAGCUGGUAAAGCUUUAUUAGACAUGAAAACUUUUGAUAAUGUCACCGUGGUUCAUAGAUCAAAAUGGUUAUUAUCCCAACAGAUGGAUGAAAAAGGUGGUGCUUUAUUAACUGAAAAGGUUCGUGAUUUAGGUGUUACUGCUAGAACUGGAACCACUGUUGAUGAACUACUUUUUGAUAGUAAUGGUAAAUUGAAAGCAGUUAAAUAUAAUGACGGUGAAAUUGAAGAAUGUCAAUUGCUUUGUUACACAAUCGGUAUUCAACCAAGAGAUGAAGUGGCUGCUGAAUCUGGUCUAGUGUGCUCCAAGAGAGGUGGUGUGGCGAUCAAUAACUUUAUGCAAACCUCUGAUCCAAAUAUUUAUGCUAUUGGUGAAUGUGCUUCAUGGAACGAUAAAACAUUUGGUUUAAUUGCUCCAGGUAUUACUAUGGCCGAUAUUUUAUCAUUCAAUUUAAUCCAAUCAAAAUUUCAUUCUCCAAAAGAGUUUUCCGAACCAGAUAUUGGUACAAGACUGAAAUUAAUGGGUGUUGAAGUAGCUUCAUUUGGUGAUUAUUUUGCCGAUAAAAAUGGUCCAAAAUGGCUUCCAAAAGGUUAUACUUUGAAAAAAGUUAGAUCAUUAGUCUAUGAAGAUCCAAUUGAAGGUAUCUAUACAAAAUUGAUCUUGACACAAGAUGGGAAAUAUUUAUUAGGUGGUAUUCUUGUGGGUAAUACAAAACAAUUUACCAAAUUUACUUCAAUUGCUAAACAAAGAAAACCAUUACCUUGUCCUGCUUCUGAAUUUAUAUUAGGUAAAGGUGGUGAUGAUGAAGAUGCUGAUAUGUUAUCAGAUGAUACUCAAGUUUGUUCUUGUCAAAACAUUUCCAAAGGUACAUUGGUGGAAAACAUUAGAAAUGGUAAAUGUGCUUCAUUAGGUGAGUUGAAAUCCGUCACUAAAGCUGGUACUUCUUGUGGUGGUUGUGAGCCUACAAUGAAGGCUAUUUUUGAAUCUGAAAUGAAAAAAAUGGGUAAACAAUUAUCAAAUGCCUUGUGUGCUCAUUUCAAACAAUCAAGAGCUGAUUUGUUUUCGAUAAUUAUGGUUAAACAGUACAAAUCUUUUAAAGAAAUUAUGCAGAAUGUUGGUUUGAAACCUGAGGCUGCUGGUUGUGAAAUCUGUAAACCAACAAUUGGUUCAAUUUUGUCAACUUUAUACAAUAGACAUAUUUUAGAUAGUGAUGUCCAUGGGUUACAAGAAACAAAUGAUAGAUACUUGGGUAACAUUCAAAGAAAUGGUACUUACUCAGUUAUUCCAAGAAUGUCUGCAGGUGAAAUAACACCUGAAAAAUUGAUUGCAAUUGGUAAUAUUGCUCAAAAGUAUGAUUUAUAUACAAAGAUUACUGGUGCUCAAAGAGUUGAUCUAUUUGGUGCCUUGAAACAAGAUUUACCAAAGAUUUGGGAAGAAUUAUAUGAACAUGGAUUUGAAUCAGGCCAAGGUUAUGGUAAAUCCUUAAGAAAUGUUAAAUCUUGUGUCGGUUCCACAUGGUGUCGUUAUGGUAUUGGUGACUCUGUUGGUUUAGCAUUAAGAUUGGAAGAAAGAUAUAAAGGUAUAAGAUCCCCACAUAAAAUGAAAGGUGGUGUUUCAGGUUGUGUUAGAGAUUGUGCUGAAUUCCAUUCUAAAGAUUUUGGUCUUUGUGCAGUUCAAAAUGGGUUUAACGUCUAUGUUGGAGGUAAUGGUGGUAUGAAGCCUGCUCAUGCCCAACUUUUGAAAAGUGAUGUUCCACCUGAUCAAGUUAUUCCUUUAUUGGAUAGAUAUCUGAUGUUUUAUUUCAGAACUGCUGAUAGAUUACAAAGAACAGCAAGGUGGUUAGAAAAUUUGGAAGGUGGUAUUGAAUAUCUGAGAGAUGUUGUUGUUUUCGACAAAUUGGGUAUUUGCAAAGAAUUAGAAGAUCAAAUGAAUGAAUUGGUUGGCCAUUAUUUCGAUGAAUGGAGAGAAUCUGUUAUUAGAAAAGAAGAUCAAAUUUUCAAACAAUUUGCAAACACUGAUAAAUCACAAGAAACUGUUGAAAUAAUAAGAGAAAGAGGUCAAAGACGUCCAGCUGAUUGGCCAGAGAAAGAAACUGUGGAAAAGAAAGACUUCAAAAACAUUAAAUGGUCAUCAACUUCAUGGAGAUCAGUUUGUCCAUCAACAGAAUUACCUGAAAAAGAGGCAGGUUCAUCAACAACUAUUUUAAUUUCAGAUACUCAAAUUGCAUUAUUUAGACUCAAUGGUAAACUUUAUGCUUCACAAAAUAUGUGUGGUCAUAAACGUGCAUUUGUUCUUUCUCAGGGUAUUAUUUCUACUGAUGAAAAUGAUAAUGUUUACAUUUCAUGUCCAUUACACAAGAGAAACUAUGUUAUUGAUGCUGAUAAGCCAAAUGCAGGUGCUUGUAAAAAUGAUGAUAGUUUAUCUGUUGCAUUGUUUGAUAUUAAGGAAGAUGAUGGUAUGAUUUUGGUUAAGCUACCUCCAGAAGAUGAAUUAGAUGAGGUUUUAGGAACCACUAAAUGGAAAGUUAAGAAAUCAGAAACUGUUAGUGAAGGUAUUGCAACUUUUAAGAAGCUUGAUGCUAAAUUCAACAUUAAAGUUCCAGUCAGAACUCCUGUGCCCUCUGUUGGUGGCUCUGAACUAGACUGGUAG